AUGGCCCUCAUACUCAGAGGCACGCAGCUCCAGCCUUUCGCCGAUGAGCACGCAGCGACGCUGUUCACCGACUCACUCUUUGCACAGUACCGAGCAGAUAUCGCGUGUCCAUCUUGCAACGUCAAGAAUGGUCUUCACUUCGACCAGAAUUGCGUCGGAGAUGGCAAGGCCCGGCGCAGGUACAAGCACAAGUGUCGCACCACCAGGGGAGAUCCGCAAUCUUUCACCAUGGGCUGUGGUAACAUGUUGCUCAACUGCAUCAUCCCCCUCUUCGAGCGCUGUAUCGAGCGAGCGCGUGACAGCGCCUCGCCAACCGCCGCGGUCACCAAAGCUACGGCUGAGCGAUACAUCUCUCUGAGCCUCUUGGCUUGCCAACGAUUCAAGCUGGAAGGAGCGCGCUUCGACUAUCAAGCCUUCGAGGAAAGGCUGCAGGCUCUGGUGGUUCACGAUACACAGCUAAAGGCGGCCGUCGAUGCCGGUCUUUUGCUCAAUGACGCGAGGAGGCGCGUUGCCUCAACACAGCCUCCGGAGAUCAGAGCAGUACUUACAACAGAGUCCUCACAAGUCCAAAAGCCGGAUGCUGUGGCGUCUUGCCGUAGACGUCGGGAGGAGCCACCGGGCCGUGCGACAGUGACCGUACGUGAUCGCAAGCGCUCUCGCGCUGAUCGAGUCACUGCACCAGCUAAUCAUGCUGCUGUCCAUCGCGGCGAGGCAGCAAGUCCAGCUCCGGAGACCGUCGUCCCUGCGCCCUCAGCCUCGGAAGUUGCUGUAGUAGCAACGCGAUCAACGCGAAAGCCUCGUACCGGCGUUCCUACUGCUGGUCCUACUAGCCGGCCCAAAACAUGCGAGCCCCACAUCCCUUUGGCUUCUGCACACAACAGUUGCAAGGGGCGUCCCCGCGUCACUAAAAGUCGCACGUCAAGAGAGCAGUCUGUGCACCCGGAUGAGUCUCGUUCAAGCGCUCUCACUUCUACGCUUUUGACACUGCUGACAGCUGUUGGAGCAAAUUCGUCGAGUCCGGGUAUCACUGCUACCAUCUCCAUCUCGGACCCACCCCUUCCGCCACUCCUCUCCACUCGGCCACCCCCAAAGACACAGCGCAGCCAGCUGCAGGCCACAGGGGACGAGAACAAUCCAUUUGCUCACCAUCUGCCCCAGCAACUCCACUUCCACAUCAGUCUCGGCGCCGGAACGCUGACGAGCCCAAGUCCUGUCGUUUGUCCAUUGUCUCAAAAAAUUCAGACCAAGAACGCGGUCUCUAGCAGACGCAGCAUCGUCAGGACCUUGCCACGGUCCAAUAGCUCGAUGCUAGCAGCUCCUCUUGAGCCAAAGAACAGCGCCACUUUCCGUAUCAUGUACCUCAACGUGCAAGGUCUCACGCUAGAGAAAUGGGACGCCCUGUUUCACGCCUUCCAAGCCUCACAACACUCGGCUCACCAGUCCUCUCUGCUUUUGAUUGCCGAGAGCCAUGGUCCAAAUCGGGAAGUCAGAGAGGCCCUUGCCGCUGAACCUUUUGGCUGGAUCAAAGCCAUGAGUGCACCCUCCUCAAGCGAUGAACCCAUGGACCGUCCUCGCCAGUCGACGGUUGGUCAGUCGACUCGACGAGGUGGGCUGCUCAUUGUUGCACGUCCUGACUUACUCGUAACGAUGCACAGGAUCACACCAUACUGCUGCACGCUAUCUGUUCUGCCGGCCGGCACGUUCUGUGCCCUCCUUAUCCACGCGGUCUACUUGCCCCCCUCCAUGGGUCACUUCGAGGAUUGGUCGCUGUUCAAAACAUUCCUUGCGCCUUCUGACCGCCAAUCUCCUGAUAUCCUGCUCGGCGAUGUCAAUGUUCGCUUUCCCACUGGCAAUAUGGAGCUGGACAAAGCAGUUGGCCCAAAGGCACGCCUGCAAGUCGUUGAGGACUGCAUCUCAAAGCUGGGUCUGCGCCGCAUGAUUGCGUCGAAAGAAAGCAUGGAAGAUGGCCAGAUCUCUUCUAGGGUCGACCAUGCUUUCGUCAAGCAGUGCUCUACAUUCGAAGCUAGCUUGCAGUUCAAGCAGGCCAUGAUCAAGACUGACCAUCCUUUGAUGAAGGUGACCCUGAAGAUCGUGCCUGGCAAUGAAAAGGAGAGCUAA